UCUCCAAACAAAGCUGCAGCCCUGCAGCUCGCCAGCACCCAGGAAGGAGGAAGUUACCUCACUGGCUUUGGCAACUCAGGGCUUUUCUCUCUUGCUGCCGGGGCGUGAAGCCCAUAAAUAGCUGGCGGAUGAGGCUGUGCCGGCAGAUCGCUCCAAGCACAGCUGGACACAUCUGCCCCUCGGCUUGACUGGAGUGACUCUCGGUCAGCGUAACACAGGAGGGUUUAUUGAGCGUCUGAACCCAGCACAGGAAACUCUCAGGCCUGGCCUCCCUCAGCACAGCACAUCUAGGUCUGUCCCGCAUGCAGGUGGGCGCUGGCUGCUCCCUCCUCCUGGCGCAGAGACCCCCUCCUUCCAGCCGAGGCAUCCGAUAUCACCAGCCCCAACAGCUUCUCCCCGACCUUUGUCUUCCGUCCCAGUUCCUAGAAGCCAAGGAUCUAGGCCAGGACUGUGCUCCAGGACCUGACCCCUCCCCGAGACCCGAUCCUCCCACUCCCUGAGAUGAUGGUGAACGUCACCAUGGAUAACUUCUCGUGCUACGAGGCAUCCAUCGUGGGGUACCGCUAUGUGGCCGUGAGCUGGGGUGUGGUGGUCACCGUGGUGGGCACGCUGGGCAAUGUGCUGACCCUCCUGGCCUUUGCGGCCGACGCCAAGGUGCAGACCCGCUUCAACCUGCUCAUCGUCAACCUGACGCUGGCCGACCUGCUGUACUGUGCCUUGCUGCAGCCCUUCUCUGUGGACUCCUACCUGCACCUGCACUGGCGGGCCGGCCCCAGCUUCUGCCGUGUCUUCGGCAUGCUGCUCUUCGUCUCCAACUCAGUCUCCAUCCUGACGCUCUGCCUCAUCGCCGUCAGCCGCUACGUGCUCAUUGCCAACCCAGCCCUCUUCAACCGGGUCUUCUCGCGCCUGGGCGUGGGGCUCGUGGCCCUGGGCACCUGGGUCCUCGGCUUCGCCAGCUUCGCCCCGCUCUGGCCCGUCUUCGUGCUGGUGCCCAAGGUCUGCACCUGCAGCUUCCACCGCAUCAGGGGCCGGCCCUACACCACUAUCCUGAUGGCCUUCUACUUUGUGGUGGGCCUCAGCUGCGUGGGCAUCUUCUACUUCCUCAUCCACCGCAAGGUGAAGGGGGCGUCCCACGCCAUGGACCACUACAAGCUGAAGAAGGCCAGCCUGAAGGGGGCUUAUGUCGCUGGGGCCAGCUUGGCCACGCCAGGCCAGUUUGUGGAGCUGGACAGCGGUGUGGACACGGGCGUCUCCCAGCCCUCCAGCAUCUCGGAGCAGGGCCACACCUCCAAGACGCUGGUCAUGGAAAAUGGCCCAGCCCCAGCCCUCACCCCAGCCCCUGCCCCCACCCCUGCCCCCGCUCCUGCCCCCGCUCCUGCCCCCGCUCCUGCCCCCGCAGCUCAAAAGCUCAAAAGCCUGCCCUCCCAGCCCAAGGACAGCAACAAGGAAUUCCGGAAGGUCACCCGCAUGUGCUUCGUGGUCUUCCUCUUCUUUGUCCUCAGCUACAUCCCCUUCCUCCUCCUCAACAUCUUCGAUGCCAAGAACCGGGCGCCCACAUGGUUGCACAUGGUGUCCGCCAACCUGACCUGGCUGAACAGCUGCAUCAACCCCGUGCUGUACGCCGCCAUGAACCGCCAGUUCCGCGAGGCCUACAAGCGUGUGAUCUCCACCAUCUCGCGCCGCCUCCGGUGCCUCUGAGGGCUGGGGUAGCAGGGGGGCAGGGCUGCCCCAGGUCAGAAAGCUGCCUUGGUGCUGCCCUGCCCCCCUGGGGGACCCCAUAUCCUGUCUUGCCCCAGAGGAGGACAUUGGACCCAAGCACAGACUCAUGCCAGAUGCAAGCUUUGCCCUGCCCCAGUGCCUCCUGCUGGUGGCAAGAGGAACUGCCCUGUCUCUAGGGGGGUGGCAGGGGCAGGUUGGUGCUGAGCCCUGCCCCACAUGGGCCGCCAGUUAUGGGCUCUGCACUGCCUUCGCAGAGUGCUAGCGUGGACUGUCCCUUUACCCACCAUCCUUGGCCUGGUGAGGUGGUAGAGGCUGGCUGGGCCCUGCCUUCCCAGCUCUAUUUAUUGUCUGUUCCUGAUUUACACCUUGUCAUUUUUGUAUCACUACCUCAAUAAGCGGAUCCCUGCGUGUCUAGUAUUGGCUGCAUUGCCUGUUCCCAGCCAGCGAACAAGCCCUCCAUCGGCUGUGGGGUGGGGAGGCCUGGGGCCAGGGCCAACCAUAGGUCUGGGCUAUGUGCGUAUCCAAGUACCAAGUGUGGGGAGGGGAUGGGAAGGGGAGGGGAUAUGUCAUAAACACAGAGAUAAGGAUAACAUAAAAUCCCUCCUGGGAAGCUGUACUAAAUUGCUUUACCUGUAAGGGGUUAAGAAGCUCAAAUAACCUGGCUGGCACCUGACCAAAAGGACCAAUAAGGAAAGAAGAUACUUUCAAAUCGGGGGCGGGGGGGUUGUGCUCUCUUUUUUUGUUCUCUCUCUUAACGCAGAGAGAGAGACCAGGCAGGUAAAACAUCUCCUGAAACAUACCUGAAAUGAUUCAUCUAAGAUUACAAAAAUUGUAAGCAAGGGCAAGGAAAUACAUUAAAUUAUCUUUUGUUUUAGCCUGUGAAUUUUCCCUAUGCUAAAAGGUAGUUUUAUUCCUGUUUUUUAAAACUGUGAAGCUAAGUCCAGAGGGGAGUCCUCUGCAUUUUAAAUCUUUUUAUUUUCCUGUAAAGUUACCUUCCAUCCUGAUUUUGCCGAGGUUCUUUUGCUUUUUUCUUUAUAAUAAAGUCCUUCUUGU